UCCAACAUGGCGGCCCAUUUGUUUUGAGUUGCUGCGAAGCUUGUUGAAAUGAAUGUAAAAUAAACAAUAAAUUAUCAAAGUAACGUACCCUAAUAGAUUUAAAUAGCGGAUUUAGCUAUUACGGAGCGGUGGGUACAACCAUGCCGUGUUGGACGCCCACAAAUUCAGUCUGGAUCAGAAGUUUACUUCAGUGUUGAAGCAAUGUUGGGAUUUUUGACAGCGAGGCAGGCAGGUCUGGAUGACCCUCUGCGCCUGAGACGUGCAGAGUCAACGAGAAGGGUCCUCAGUCUGAAGUUGAAUCCUGACAGAGACGUGGACAGAGUCCAUGGAAACGGCAUCAAUACCAUUGACAUUGAAGCAGUAGAGGGCCGAUACAUGUUGUCUGGCGGAGCAGAUGGCGUUAUCGUCAUCUAUGACCUGGAGAACUACACUGGAAAACCACAGUACACCUGCAAGGCAGUCUGCACAGUGGGCAGGUCCAGCCAGUAUGUUCACAAAUUCAGCGUGGAGACAGUCCAGUGGUAUCCUUAUGACACAGGCAUGUUCGUCUCCAGUUCCUUUGACAAGACCAUGAAAGUCUGGGACACUGAGACACUAAAGCCUGCUGAAGUCUUUCUGUUUGAGGGCAAUGUCUACAGCCACCACCUGUCCCCCAUUGCCAGGAAACACAGUCUCAUUGCAGUUGGCACCAAAAACCCUAAAAUCCAGCUGUGCGACUUGAACUCUGGUUCACGGAUACAUGUUCUUCAGGGUCACAGAGCAGAGGUCCUGUCUGUGCGGUGGUCGCCCAGAUAUGAGCACAUCUUAGCCACUGCCAGUGCAGACAGCAAAGUGAAAGUAUGGGACGUGCGUCGGGCUUCUGGGUGUCUCCUCACUCUGGACCAGCACAAUGGAGACAAGUCAAAAGCGUCCUCUGAGGCAGUGAACACAGCUCAUAAUGGCAGAGUGAAUGGCCUGUGCUUUACUGGCGAUGGCCUCUACCUCCUCACCACUGGAACUGACGACCGCAUGCGACUAUGGAAUAGUGCCACAGGGGAAAACACACUGGUAAAUUACGGGAAGGUCUCCAACGAGAGCCGUAAAAGGCUGCAGUUCACGGUGUCGCGUGGCUGCAGCCCAGAAUUUGUGUUUGUGCCAUGUGGCAGCUCAGUGGCGAUGUACGCCAUCCACACCGGAGAGCUGGUCACUAUGCUCAGGGGUCACUACAACAACGUCGACUGCUGCGAGUUCCACCCAGACUACCAGGAGUUGUAUAGCGGAGGUAAAGACUGUAACGUCCUGGCGUGGGUUCCUGUCCUUCGUGCCUCAGACGUGGAAGAAGAGUCAAACAGUGCAAAUAAGCGUGCUGCUGGCCAGUCUUCAGUGAACCCUGCCUUACAGGAUGCAUGGAGCAGUGAUGAAGAUUAAUUCUGAUGUUUUGUAUGUGUGAGCAAAGUACACGUUGAGGCAUCUGACCAUGCAAAUGAGCACACACCCUCCACGAUUAGCUUGUCAAAAAAAUGAUCGAUGAUGUUAAUGGGUUUAGGGAAAUUUCUCCUGUUUCAUCACUGCGGGCAAAGAUGAAGGCCUUAAAAAUGGAAUUGAAAUGUAUAAACAAUUGUACAACAAUGUUAUGAAUGUUUGGGUUUUUUAUAUAUUUGAUAUAGCAUUGUUAUUGUUUUGCUAUUUUUAUUUUUUUUAUUGGAAUGUAAAACCAACACGGUCCUUGGUAUCCAGCAAGUGUCAUGUUGCUGAAGUCCCCUUAACCUGUUGCAAAGCAGUUUUGUAUUUUCAGUAAUUAAUUGUAGUCAUGGGGGAUGUCUGCCAAUGUUUGUGCAAAUUCAAAUGCAUUGACCGUUUACAGAUGCUGAAUAGUUUAGACAAUGUGUAGUAUUUAUGUAAGAUUUUGGUUAAAGGGACAUUAAAGUGUUUAGAGAGGAAGAUGUGCAAGAGUUUAAAAAGGUGUGGUGUCUCUCUUAAUGUUUAUGUGCUUCUGCAACCAAGUUGACAAGAUACAUAAGUCUCACAUGGGAGGGACUGGGUAUUCAGGGACACACAGUGUCUUGUUGUCAUUCUUGACAUGCUUUGCAUUUGUUUUUAAGUUCUACUGCCAGCACUUGCUGAAACUUAGCAGGAAGGAGUGAUACUGAAACCUUUCUGUCUGACCUCUCCCCCUUUCACAGUUUUACAUAUUGUGAUGUGGACACCUGGAACCCAAAUGAGCCCCCCCUCCCUAAACCCACUAAUAACAUAAACACAGUACAGUGAUCAACAUAGCCAUUAUUUCUUGGUAAUGAUCCAAAGAUUUUGAAUAUGAAAACACUAUUUAUGUCUUGUCUCUUAUUAUCAUAUAAUGUAGCAGUCAGCUCUUUCACCCAAAUUACCUGAAGUGUCUUGAAUUGUACAGUUUUUCACUUGGCUGCCUCUUGUCUAACAUUAAAAGCACUGGGGAUGCUA